CAAAGCAAUUAAAACCCUGAAAUGGACCCAUCACCCAUGUCUUGCACACACCCUUAACCUGGUUGUAAGAGAUGCUCUGAAGGUGAUGAAGCCCACUGCGGACAAAGUGAAGGGGAUAGUGGAAUUCUUCCACCUUUCACAUGCUAAAACGGGUCCUGGAGUCCAAGGAUGCAGUCAUCUCUACCCUGGCUGUUAUCAAUGCACCUGUUGAUCCUCUGAGCCAAGAGGAAUGGGAGGUACUGCAGGAGGCAUGCACUGUUCUGGAGCCAUUUGAGCAGGUCACUGUGGAGAUCAGUGCAGACAGCUAUGUUACAGCCUCUAAAGUGUUGAUCCUUUGCAAGGGUCUUCAGAAAGUGACAGCUGAGCAUCAGACCAGAGUAACCACAGGGAAAGUGAAAGAGUUAGUGGAUGCUCUCUGUGUAUCCAUGGACAGAAAAUUUCACAGAAUGGAAUGGAACACUGUUCUGUCAGAAACCACCAUUCUUGACCCAAGAUUCAAGAAGCUGGCCUUCACUGACAAUAGAGCAGAUGAUAAAGCUCUUCAGAGAAUAACUUCAGCAGCAGAAAGAUCCAGCCAGUCAACUCCACUGCCAGGGGGCCAAGAGGGAGAAGAAACACAAGCAUCUGCUGUUUGGAGGUUCUUUGAAGACCGAGCAACUGGAAGCACUACAAGACGGAAUCCUUCAUCAGAUGCAAUUCUGGAAGUGAGAUCCUAUUGUGAGGAGCCCCUUUUCCAGAGAAGUGCAGACCCUUUGAGCUGGUGGGAGGCCAAGGAUUCAGGGUACCCACGUCUUACACAUGUGAUGACACGGAGACUGUGUAUUGUAGCAACAUCUGUCCCCUCAGAGAGAAUCUUCUCCAAAACAGGGCAGAUAUUAACAGAGAGGAGAAACAGGAUCAACCCCUCAAAGCUGAGGCACUUGGUUUUUCUGAAUGCCAAUCUUCGCUAAGGACUAGCUAAAACUUUUACCUGGAUG